GGAGCUGGGACCUGUGUAGGAGAUGGUUCUCGCCAUGCUGGGGGCUCUGCACCCCCGGGCUGGGCUCAGCCUCUUCCUCCACCUUAUCCUGGCAGUGGCACUGCUUCACUCCCAGCCUCUGAGGUCUCAGCAGUCUGUUCCUGAGGCAUUUUCCGCACCCCUGGAACUCUCACAGCCACUCUCCGGCCUGGUGGAUGACUAUGGCAUCCUCCCCAAGCACCCGUGGCCGCGAGGGCCUCGACCCCGCCUGUCCCGGGCCCAGCAGCGCAAGCGGGAUGGGCCCGACCUUGCUGAGUAUUACUACGACGCACACCUAUGACCCAAGGCCCCCAUAAAGAUACUACACAUGACAAAGGCUUGGCUUUCCUGGGCUGGGAGUGAGAUGGGGACAGGAGGGGUCCAUACAGAUACAUCCACUGCAGUCCAGACAGGAAAUGGCACUUUAAUAGUUGGGGCCAGGGUGACAGGACCAAGAUGGGGCUGGCCUGUGUCAGUCAGGAAGCCUCCCUCCUGCUGGGACAGGGCCUUGCGGCAGCUCCUCCUCCCCACUGAGGUCCUAGGCCUGCCACAGGCCAGCAUGCCGGUGAGGUCAGUGGCAGGAGCCACCCAAAGUCCCGCAAAUGACGGAGCUGAGAACGGGGUCUUCACCUCCACGUGUUGCCAUUUCCUCACUGGAAAGUCCUUGGGAGGUGGCUGGGCUCAGCCUGAGCUCACGGCUUUUCGGUGGGGGUUGGGGCAGGGGCAGGGUGGGCACUUGCAGGUGGCACAGGCUUCAUCAAGGCAGGACACGGGCUUCAUCAAGGCAGGAGCCAGAGCGCCCGAGCCCUGGCAGGGGAGGUAAGGCCCAGGAUGGGGCAGGGCCGUGUGCUCCUGGAACGGACAUCCUUCUCUGCCAGAGGCCUGCCCCCCAAGCCCUGCCCCUCCCAAUCCCCAGGCAGCCCACUCUGCCCUCCAUAGAUGAAUCUAAUCCCAUAUAUUACAAUAAACCGCAUUUGCUUCUCCCCAUUGCCCCACCCUCCCCUACCCUGGGCCAGCAGCCCCCACUUCCUCAUCCCCUGGUGGUAGCAGGUGCCCCUCCUCAAGCAGUGCCACAUCCUGUCAGCAGCCAGCUGUCCUGGCACUGGCCUGAGGGCCGGGGGAUGCAGAGGGCGGGGCUGCACGGCUACUCCAGGUAGAUAUCUUCUGUGGGGCAGGUGUACUCCACAAACUGCUUGUAGAACUGCUGGAAUGCUCUCCUAGAAGCCAGGGGACACACAGAUGGCUCAGACCGCCACUGGCAAGGGAGGAAUGGGAUCCCGACCCAGGGUUUUCCCACCGGAGCCUUGGGGCCUGAAUGCAGCUCUGGUUCCUCUGGCCGGGGCCACUUGGCUCUGUUCUCUACAGAAUUGCCAUUGCAUUUCCCAGUAAGAUGUCAGCUGAAGACGUGGCUCAGCAGCUACCAAGCCUGGAAGCCACUCCUCAGGCUCGCCCUGCCCUGCCACCCUCCCUCCAGGCCACUGCACUGGGGUCUGGAGAUGGUUCUCCAGAGCUGCGGGGGAAACCAAGGGGCAAAGCUGAGCGCCAGGAAGCAGCCCUAGGGCCUGGGAUGAGGUGUGCUCCCUCGGGCUGGGUGCUCAGCAGGAUGCACACGUACCCCACGGACUCUGCCAGGGCUUUGGUGGAGUCUUCAGACACAAAGACAUGGCAGGCAAACCGGUGGUCGGCGGGGUGCUUGGUGAUGAACCCAAAGUACCUGCAGGGACAGGUCUGUCUGUGCUGGGACAGGGGCUCGGCCCACACCCAACCACCUGAAGGCUGCAGACCACCCGUGCCUCCUCCACUGCCAUCCCACCCCCACUUACUUGUUGUUCUUUGGAUGAUAUCCACAGAAAGAGAUGUUUUUUAACUGGAAAAAGUGGCUACAUUUAUUCCCCUACAGGAGGGAGAAAAGAAGCAAGAGGGCGGUCACCUGGCCUGCAAUGAGGGUGAGAGGAGACGGCCUCUUCACUCCAAGUCUUGGGGGAAAGCUGGGGGCCAUGGAAGGAAGGGGCUGGGUUGGGAGGAGUCACCUUGGCCUCCUGGGAGUCAUCGGCCUUGACGCCUAUCUUCACGCCCCGCACGCUGAUCUCCAGGACGCAGCUGGAGGGUGGGUUAAAGUGCACGGUGAGCCGGCGGGUGGUGGCAAUCUAUAGGUGACACACGGAGCCACGUCAGCUGCUGUCUGUUCCUCUGCUGAUCCCUCCUGUCCCAGGGCCUGAGCCCUGAGGCCUUUACUGCCUCUAGAAACCUGUAUUCCUCUGCCCCAGGGAGCAUCCAAGGGAGGAGAAGGGAGAGGACUCAGGUACCUUUUGCAUAGCGGCACAGAGGACGUCAUUGCCCUUGUGAUAGGGAACCUGGACUGAGCCCAGGAACUUCACCCGGAACUGGUCCACCCAGUCACUGUUUUUGGCCAGGGCUGGAAAGCAAGUGUGAAUUGAGGAGGGGCAGAAACAGCAGGAGGGAGCUGAGCAGCCAAGCGAAGGAGGGCGGGUAAGGCACAGGGAAUGGCAGAGCCCACACAGGCUGCCACAAUCCCUGGCUGCCCAACUUGGCCGGGCCUCACUUUGCUCGAUCGUGAAAAGGACCUAAAAUCACCUCCACUCAGCCCCCCACCUGUCUGGCUAAGAUCUGGAGUACACGUUCACCCAGCAGCAAGUCGGGGCAGACAGAUGUGGUGGCUGGGGGCACAGGCCAGGCAGGGAACGCUACCUGCCAUGUGCUCGGGCUCCUUGGUGACCUCGAUGGCGUAAUAGGCAGGAAAGACGCCCCGGGCACCGGUGCGCAUGUUGUAGGCCUCGUACCAGUAGUCUUCAGCCUGGAGCUCCACUAGCAGAGGGUCAUCCACUUCCAGCUCAAGUUCGUCUUCGUGUCGAGGCACAAACCUGUCCCCAGCAAGGACAGGUGAGAAAUUCGGCACCAGGGCCUGUCCGGCCAGGCCUACUCUGCGGUCUGGGAGCCACAGCAGCAUCGUCAUUUCAGUAAACAUUUG